CGCACACAUGCAAAAUUGCCAGGCAAAGAACAGAUCGAAGCCUCUACCGGCAUCUGUUACAAAUGCCAAAGAGGUCAAGACUAAUCGGCUGGAGAUCCGGGGCAGGAGAGGUAGAAGUUGCAGGGGAAGAAGACGGCGCGAGUGGGCGUAAUAAAAACGAAGGGAAAACCGGAAGGAGGGUGGGUGAGGGGAAAGGCAGAAGCUUUCGCUUUCCCGGCUGUUGCUUUCCUUCCUCUUCAUGGGCUGUGAUUAUUAUUAUACACUACCACCAUAAGCACACAUCGAGAAGAAGCUCGCAGUCGCGGGCAGGAGCAUAUCUCUUCUUGCCUCCCGCGACACAUCCGUUUCCACGGCGGGAGAAGCAGCGGCAAGCCCUGCUUCUGCACUACCUGACCACGGCAGCGACGACCGACCAGCCGGCCGGUCGCCGGGAGCCGCAUGCUAACAGCUAACUGCAGAGAGGAGGCGCAGGGAGAUCCUUGAAUGAUAAAAAAGUCAAUCCCUUUCGUCCUGCAGGAACCCUGAUCUCGCCAUCGAAGCACACGCUGGAUCUCUGUGGCAGGACCCAUCAUGUUGCAGUACCUGGACUUCUCUCAUGCCAGCACCUCAAGGAAGUGGGGACACAAGAGACAGGGUGAUAGUAUGGUGAUGCAUGGAUUUGAAGCUCCGAGGAACAGCAUGGAGUUCGCCUUGGAGGCCUCCCACAGCUACGGAGUUUUCCAAGAGGACGUCCCGCAGUAUUCCUGCAAUAUGAGGCAAUACCCAAAAUCAGGGCUCAACCACAGCUCAACCCCAAUCAAGAAGCUGAUCCAUGAGGACAUUUCCUUCAGAACAAAUGAAGGGCGGAAGAGACCCGGUGUCAUCGCUAGGUUGAUGGGCAUGGAUUCACCCCCACUGAACACAACCACUGAACCCAGCAGCCAUUCAGAGGAAAGAAGGCAAGAGAUCGUCUCAAGGUCAAUGCCAAGAAGAGAUCCGUCUGAAAUGGUCUUUGGCCUUGCACCGAAGCAAGAGAUCCGCGCCUACGAGGAUGAGAGGGAGCUCUUUGGCCAGCUGAGCAAGAAGACCAAUGAGUGGAGUAAGCCGCGGCCGCGAGAGCACCCGCAGGAGGAGGAGCUGCAGAAGUUCAAGAAGGAGUUCGAGGCGUGGCAGGCGAGCAGGGUGUGGGAGCAUUCAAGAAUUCUGGAACAGGAUAGCCAUCUCGGCGACGACAAGUGCACAGACAUCGUGCCGUGCAGGUACCAGCAUCAGCACAAAGGGAAAGAUGUCAACAAUGGCAGCAAAGACAUGCACUCCAAUGACGACGAGCAUUGGAGAAGAAGCAAGGAGAGCUGCACGUCGAUCUCCGGGAGCCGUACGUUCUCUCUGACAAGCGCAGACGCCUGUUCCACGAGGUUACCGCUCUCGAGGUUCUACCACGAGGAGGAGGAGAGGUCGUUGUCGCCGACGAGGAUAGUCAUCCUGAAGCCCUGUCCGGAGCUGAGCACAGACGAUAUCGAGGAGUCGUCGCUGGGGUCGCCGGAGCUGGUGAAGAAGGAGAACAACAUGGAGGCCUUCCUUGAGGAGGUGAAGAAGAGGCUAAAGAUUGAGCUCGAGGGGAGGAUGGCCAACGACGACAAGGCGGACCCGUGGGCCGGAGGCGAAAUCCCGGCUGAUCCGAAGCAAGUCGCGCGGAACAUCGCCAACCAGAUCAGGGAGACCGUCACAAGGGACUUGCACCCGGCGUUGGUACGGUCGGAGUCGACACGGUCGUACCGCAGCGACGUCCCGCUCAACAAGCACAGCCAGGAGGACUACAUUGGCAGAGAUGCCAGGAGGCAACUGUCUGACAGGCUGAAGAACGUGCUGAGAAGGGAGCCGAACGCCGAGCCGCCGUUCUCUCACCGGAGAAGGGCCACCUCGACGUCGUUCGACGAGGAGCCGAGGCCCAAGCCGAGGUAUGACAUGGCAUCAAGGAAGGGGAAGAUCAGGAGCAAGGAGGAAAAGAAGUGCGCGAUUGAGUCCGAUGUCAGGCAUGGAUCAUACAAGGCAUCGGCCUCGGUCGACUCUGAGCCAGUGUCACCUAGAAACCUCAUCAGGUCGUUCUCGGCGCCGGUGUCGGGGACGACCUUCGUGAAGCUCCUCUUGGAGGAGCCGCGGAUGCUGACCAGAGCACGGCUGCAGCGCAAGCAAGAAGGUCACGUGAACAGGCCGUCGUCAGAGGAGAGGAAAGGGAGGAAGGACGCGUUCAACAUCAAAGGUAGAGUGUCCAACUUGAGGCAGAACCUGGGGCUCAGAGCGAAGCUGUUCGGCAAGAAGUUUCACUCCGCCGACGAGUCGUUCCCGGAUGACCUUCCUCCGAUCGGCACGCUCAUCACCGCCCCUUCGGUUCUCAUACAUUCCGGCGUCCUCCAGGAGAACUCUACUGAGGUGCCACCGAGCCCGGCGUCGUGGUGCAGCAGCCCGCCCGAUGAGAUGAGCAGGGGAGGCUACCCGAGUCCUGUCUCGCCAUUGGAGGCCUCCUUUAGCGAGCACCGUUCUCCCUUGAGGACCGCAGCUAAGGACAUGACCUCAAAUGCAUGUGAGCCAGGAAACUUGUCGGAACAAGUCCAAAUUGAAGAACUCGCUGAGACAAGUUAUGUCCAGGACGACGACACGGACGAGAUGGAUCACCCCAUGAAAUCCUUCGUCAGAGCUGUUCUUGUUGUUGCCGGCCUGUACGGCCAGAGACAGAGUUCUGACAACUUCUUAUCAGACUGCGAAGCGAAGCCAAUCCCCAAGUGGGUGUUGGAGGAAGUCGAGUCCUCUUCCUCAGCCCCGGCAGCAUCUGAUGGCGGCGCGGCAAACGUUGACCACCGGCUCCUCUUCGACCUGAUCAACGAGGCGCUGCCGGCAGCCGUCCGGACCUCGACAACGCUGUGCACGUUCGACAAGUGUUACGCGGCAGCGCCAAGAAGAGCUCCCAGUGGCAAGAAGCUACUGGACGUGCUGUGGAAGUCCGUGCAGGUGUGGCUAGAACCACCGAGCGACACGACGUCGAGCUCCGUUGACGGGCUGAUCGGCCGUGACCUGAGCGUGUCGUCGUGGACCGGCGUGUUCCGGGACGACGCCGACGCGCUGGGAAGGGAAAUGGAGGCGGAGAUACUGGACGAGCUGGUCGACGAGACGGUGUGGGACGUGCUCCUCAACGUGGGGGACUGAUUGCGUCUGAUGGGUCUCUUCUGACGAUUAUAAUUGUACACUUUGGGGUGCUUUUUUUACCUCUUUUCAGAGUGCUUGCCGGAUUUGUGAUCGGGUGUUGAUGAGUGAGGAAUGUAACUCGGUGUGUGAAAGAACGCUGAAUAUGUCCUAAGAAAUGCAUAAAGAAGCAAAAAGAGAGUGAAGAAAAAAACCA